GCUUUUCCAUAGGAAGGCACCUUUAUAAUCAGUAAUCAUCAGUUGUUUGCCCUCUAAUACCAUUCAGGCCAUACUAGGAAUACAGAGAGAGAAUAUGACAAGCUUGUCAGAGUCAUUCGUCGCAUCGAUCGCGCAUAGUCUCAACUGGGCCCACAUUCCCUGUGUCCUUUGGGGUCAAUACCUCCUGAUACUUCACGGCGUGCCGUCUGUCGUCGGUUCGAUUGAUUUCAUCGUCCCGGACGAUUGUCCCGGGGCUGGCCUGAAAGUCCUAUCCCAACUUAAGAGCCUCACCCCGUGUCCAGACGAUAAAACCUGCCCGUCCAGCUCGUCAAAUCGGUGUACACCAGCUCCAGCUGUCCACGUCCACGUCGAGGCCUCGGAAUUCACGGUCGGGCUGUAUCCGCGAGCCGAUACCCUCUGGUUCCUCCCACCGCUGGACGGUUCGCUUCUGUUCCCAAAGAAAUCGAAGCUUCCCCGCAAUACGUCCUCGCGUCAGACGAUACUGUUUUCCCGCCCUGGCGACCAGGUCGGGGAUCGGGCGUCUUCAAGGAGGGCGGAGACCAAGUUGUUGCCCUGAAGUCUCAUGUCUUGCUGGAGGCACUCAUGCGAAUAUAUGCACGGGAUGCGGGGACACCCGUGGGCACGUUCGGAAUUUCUAUGAUUGCGUACAUCGAGGAGUAUGUUGACGAUGAUGGAUUCUGGACGCAAGCGAACUUCCGGAGCCGUUCAGGACGUUUUAUAGAGAACUGAGGGAAGGGCGGAAGCCAGUUCGUCCAUGGAUGCUGGAGUUAAAGAGAGCUCUUGAAUUAUCAUCUUUGUAAGUUGGCGCUUUCAUAAUAACUAUAAAAUAUUUAUAUAAUUCCCUUUUUAUUAUAAUAAAGUAUAUAAUCGCUAGAUUAUAAUUAAUUAAUUUAUUUAUUA